GCCACGUAAGCAGUGCCACAUCAGCAGUGCCACAUCAGACAGUGCCACGUCAGACAAAGUGCCACGUCAGCAGUGCCACGUCAGCAACAUGACGGGCCUGCCAGGCCAACUGCCCAACGAGUCCCUUGCAACCUACAAGCAGCGGUUCCAGGCUCAGAUAGAGGCUGAGGAACAAUGCCAGCUGGCAGCCGAGGCUGCCCGCGUACAGGCUGAAGAGGCAGUAGCAGCAGAGCAACUGCAGCUACAGGCCGAUGCAGACGCAGAUGCCCAGGCUCGCCGCAAGGGAGCCCAGGAUUUGCUGCAGCGUCAUGAAGCCAACAGCAUCGACAGACUCAAGUUCUGGCACUUUGAACCGAACGGCGACGAGGCAACACCGGAAGAGAAGCACAAGGAAGUUGGAGAGACAGUACCAGGACCUGACGCAACAGCAUCAGGAGUUGGCGAAGCUCGGCCGCAUAGUGCAGAGCCACGAGGAUGCAACUCGGGCACUCAAUGCCCGAUUGCUGGACCUGGAAUAGACUGUACCAGGACCAGCCCAGCUGCUGGGGCUUCCAGCAGUGCACCCUCUAGCCGCCAACUGGAGGACAGUGUUGACCACGUAGUGGCAAUGCUCGGCGACAUCAGCACCUUCGCUGCGCUGACCACCACCAUCAGCAGUCAGCUGCAUACAUUGAAGACCGAGGUCCAGCAGCUGCAAACGACAAGCGCGGAUGGCAAUCCGAAGAUGUAUAAGAUGCUAACUUUCAAUCUGGAGAGGUUCGACGACUACACGCAGCAGGAUCCGGUCCUGUGGUGGGAAGCAUUCACAACGCAACUCAGGAUUCUGCAUGUAGCCAAGCAUGCGUACAUCGGCGCCCUGUUCCUGAACUCAAAGGGCGGAUGCCAGACCUGGUUGAGCCACCUGGCAACCUCCCACGACGUCGACGUACCAGACUUGAAGGACAAGUUCACAUGGGAGGAACUGACACGGCUGUGGAAGAAGCGGUUCAUCGUACGAACUGGUCCGCGACAGCARCACUUCGCUGCAGUCCAGCAGGACAGUGGAGAUAACCCAGCAGCCACUCUAGCAUCAAGUGACGGAGAUCAGGUGGCUGUUGUCCAGCCGCGAAGCACCAACAAGUCCCGCAACAAUGGGAAGGCGAAAUCCACAUCACAGGCCGAAAAUGGACAGCCAGUACAAGGUCCGCGGCCGCUACGGCAGCUGCUACUGGUGCAACAGCACCAAGCACAAGACCUCCCUGUGCCAAGAUCAGGGCAAGGAGGAUGUGCGACCCCGCCUCAGCUCGGGAAACUGAGCUCCGUGGAAGGUGACUCCACCUACUAUUCCACCAAAUUCGUCCGCCUUGCUAGCGGCCUCCUGCACAUAUGGGGAGAACGCGAAUGUCGCAAGUCCUCGGUACACUUGGUUCCACCGCUGGACCAACCGCUCCACGUGCAACAGUCCACCGCAUGCACGGUUUCAUCACCAUCGGCAACCGAUUCGGCAGCUUCGCCGCAAUCUAUCGCCGGGGAUUCGACGUCAUGGUCAAGACUCGAAGAGCUCGACCCAUUGACGUUCACGGACUUCCCGUGGAUACCCGUUCCCUCGACCGGACGAAUGCUGAAACUGCAUUGCAACGUGCUUAUGGCACAAUUGCGGGACUACUUACACACUGCAGUACCAGCUCCGUUGAUGGACGCCGGAGCAGAGGUUGUUGACCUUCUCGCGCACAUCGCGAAGAUCGACCGUGAGUUCAAGACGCAACGCCGGAGUUUGGAGGAGCAUGUGGAACACCUGAGCACCGUUUUGGAGCGGCUACGACAGGCCAAGUACAAAGCAAACCGCGACAAGUGUGAAUUCGCGCGGCAGGAGCUGGAGUACUUGGGCCAUUAUGUGACGCCGCAAGGCAUCCGUCCACUCGCGGACAAGAUCGAGGCCCUACGAGUAUGGCCCGAUCCCACCAACACCACGGACGUUCGUUCAUUCAUGGGAUUGGCGGGCUACUAUCAGCGAUUCAUCACUGGAUACUCCAGGAUUAAUGCACCUAUGACGAGGUUACAGUCGCCAAAGGUGCCAUUCAUAUUCGAUGAUGAUGCACGCCGGUCAUUCCAAGCACUUAAGACGGCCAUGCUCAUGGCACCCGUCCUCAACAUCUAUGACCCCACCUUGCCGACGAGAGUGACUACGGACGCUUCCGGCUAUGGCAUUGGGGCAGUCUUGGAACAGCACGACGGCGACGACUGGCACCCUGUGGAGUAUUUCAGCCACAAAGUGYCUCCCAUCAACUCGCUUGAUGAUGCAAGGAAGAAGGAGCUACUCGCGUUCGUCAUGGAUCUCAAGCGAUGGAGGCACUUCCUCCUUGGGCGUCGUAGGUUCACACGGGUUACAUACAACAAUCCAUUGACCUACUACAAGACGCAGGAUACGAUGAGCAGCACGAUCGGACGAUGGAUGUACUUCAUCGACCAGUUUGACUUCACAUCGAAACAUCUUUCCGGCCUCUCCAAUCGCGCAACGGAUGGACUCUCGCGAAGACCAGAUCUUUGUGCUAUGACACAUCAUGCCUUCGCAUUCAACGAGGAGCUUCAGCGACACUUCAUCCGGGCAUACGAGUCUGAUCCGAACUUCGACACGCUCUAUGCACAGCUAUCUUCGGAUCACCCGCCGACCAGCCAUUAACGCAUUGCCGACGGGUACUUGCUCCUCCACUCGAGAGGCAAGGACUUACUAUGUGUUCCACGCG